AUGCCGUCCACGAGCGAGUACCGCACGGAUGGUACCGUGUUGCCGUACACGACGGCCAUGGGCGGGUAUUCGAGCGACUCGUCGUACUCCAACGAGUCCAGAAACUCCGUCGUGCGCUUCAACGUCCGACACAGGUACUUGUACGCUUCCUCGAACGAAAUGGCAAACUUGGUCUGCUGUUUCACGUGCAACGGCACAGGCUGGCCGGCCUCCUGGGCCAGGCGGAUCGAGCUCACGAUCGGACUCAGGUUGUACUCGAUCCAGUUCUUGGGGUCGAAGAAGUCCACGUUGUACAACUCGCCGGUGUUUUUGUCCUUGAACAGCUCGCCGUUGCGUGGCAUGAAUACAAACGACGACCGCAUCAUGAAGUUGACCUCCGAGGUGAGCAGGUCCUUGCACAGCAGAAUGUGGUCUGCGAACCGCAGCGGGCCCAUGAUAUUGGCACACGGAGCAGGCGUCCCCACCGCGUCGAUCUUGUUAUCCUGGAGUUUCGUCACGUCCUCAAAUAGCAGGGCCUCCUCGAGCGUCGAGAUCGACUCCUGUCGCGACAGUUUGGCCCUGAUUUCCUCGCGUUGGAGCUCCUUCUCGUCAGAUUCUUCCUUCAGCCGCCCUGCACUCAGCACAGACCGCAGCGACGACAGCCGGCUCUGUUUGGACGGCCCGUUCGAGCCAAACGGCAACGAGAACGAAAAGAUCUUCUGUGUCGAGAAACUCUCACCCGGUGUCUCGUCGUUGUCCAGAUCGUCGGAAUCCACGCCGGCCGGGUUGCCUCCGAUGAUGGACGACUCCACGUCUGUUUGA